AUGGUACAGGAAAAGCGCGAGGCAGAGCGAAAGCGGCUAGAAGAAAAGGAGAAAGCUGCGGCAGAGAAGGGUUUAGCCGAAGCAGCUAAAGGUCACGCACCUACCCCAUUCGCGAUAUUGAAGAAACAAGAUGAAGGAGAAGCAGCUGUAAUCAGACAGUCGCUGAUACAGCAGAUUGACAUCAUCUUGCAAGAUCCUCUCGCGGUAUCGAAAGAGGAAUACAAAAUCUUCCUGGAUGAAAAGGUCAACCUGACGAAAGGAAAUAGACCGUCCCAGGUUAUCAAAAUUGCGAUUGAAGAACGAAUCGACAGGAUGAGAAAUUUCCGAAAACGGGAGAAAGAUGUGGUUGAGGCCCUUCGGAACUUCAAGAAAGAGGAGUUCAAACGCCCAAAAUCGCCUCAAAGAGAUGAUCGCAACCGCGGCUAUGAAAGGUCAUCAGACCGCUCCCGAGAAAGGUCAUGGGACAGACAUCAUAACGACCGAUACAGUGGAUACGCGAGAGAUACGCGCACGUCGGAGCAAAAGAGAAGGGAUGAAGAACGUAUCCGACGUGAAAAAGAACAAAGAGAAAAGCGCCGCCAAGAAGAAGCGGAAGAAAAGCGCUUGGCGGAGGAAUACAGGAAAAUCAACGAAACCUGUAAUAGGCAGCAGGAGAAGGAACGGGCUGCUAAGGAAACGCAAAAUCGCGAUUUACAGAAUCGAGAAGGAAGAAGUGAAGGCUCGACUUACAAGCGCGGAGACGGCGAGUAA